AUGGGUUUCUCUGAAGCUCGAGCCUACCGGGCAUUUGGUGGCCGGUCGACAUGGCUCACUGUCUUCCUCGCGCUAGCGAACUCACUCGCUGUCAGUGCAAAAUGUGCGGCUGAUUAUUUUGUUGAUUCACUUCCAGGCCAGCCUGAUAGCCCACAGGUGCAAAUGCAUGCUGGCCACAUCGAAAUCAACCAUAAAACUAGCGCAAACCUCUUCUUCUGGCAUGUUGCCAACCAGCACAUUGCCGAUAAACCGCGAACCGUAAUAUGGCUGAACGGUGGACCUGGCUGCAGUUCCGAAGACGGAGCGCUGAUGGAAAUUGGUCCUUACAGGGUUACGAAUGAUCAUCUGCUAAAUCAUACCGAUGGCUCUUGGGACGAAUUUGCCAAUUUGCUAUUUGUAGAUCAGCCGGUGGGCACAGGUUUUAGCUAUGUUAGCACGGGGGCCUAUGUCAGUGAGCUCGGUGAGAUGGCCUCGCAGUUCGUAACUUUCUUGGAAAAAUGGUUUGAGCUGUUCCCCCAUUACGAGAAAAAUGAUCUUUAUUUCGCCGGAGAGUCAUAUGCAGGACAAUACAUUCCUUAUAUCGCCCGCGCAAUUCUCGAUCGGAAUAAGAAGGGAGAAUCGCUGACCCGAUGGAAACUCAAAGGGAUCCUCAUUGGCAAUGGCUGGAUAUCCCCUCGCCACCAGUAUCUAUCUUACCUACCCUACGCUUAUCAGGAAGGAAUAAUCCAAGGUGGCACCGAUUCAUCAAGCCGCGUCGAGGCGAAAUUAUCAAAAUGCUUGAACAAAUUGAACGUCGAAGACAGCACGGGGACUGUGCAGAUUUCCGCCUGUGAAGAAGUGCUUCAGGCGAUUAUCGACGAGACACAUAAAGGCAACCGUUGCAUUAACAUGUAUGAUAUCCGUCUUACAGAUGAGUACAGCGCAUGUGGGAUGAAUUGGCCUCCUGACUUGGAGAAUAUGGCACCGUAUCUCCGGUUUAAGAAUGUCACCAAAGCGUUACAUAUUAAUAGCGACAAACAAACUGGCUGGUCUGAAUGCUCUGGUGCAGUAAGUGGCCAUUUCAGGGCCCUGAAAUCCAAGCCAUCCGUCGAGCUGCUACCUGGACUUCUCGAGGAGGGCCUUCCGAUUCUUCUAUUCAGUGGACAGAAGGACAUGAUAUGCAAUCACAUCGGCAAUGAAGACCUGAUCAAGGACAUGAAAUGGUCUGGAGGGACAGGAUUCGAACUCUCCCCCGGCGUCUGGGCGCCACGACAAGAUUGGAUCUUCGAAGGUGAAUCGGCAGGAUUCUAUCAACAGGCCCGAAAUCUGACAUACGUCUUAUUCUACAACGCAAGCCACAUGGUGCCGUUCAACUACCCCCCCCGCUCGCGCGAAAUGCUCGACAGAUUCAUAGGAGUUGAUAUUGCGGACAUUGGCGGCAACCCUGCCGACUCUCGAAUCGACGGCGAAAAGGGCCCAGCAACCUCCGUUCGCGCGCAUCCAAACAGUACAGCAGCCGCCGAGCGCGAGAAGGAGAAGGUGAAGUCCGCCAUGUGGAAGGCAUAUUACAAAUCCGGGGAAGUGGCGCUUAUUGUCGUCGCCAUCGCCGCUGUCAUAUGGGGCGUUUUCAUCUGGCGAUCGCGCCAGAAGCACCAGGACAGAGGAUAUGAGUUCCGGGGCAUCUACCCGAUGCUGGGGUCGAGCAGCUCGGGAUCCCUUCCUAGAUAUUCGAAUAAACGGGGUAGACGUGGGCAUGAUGUUGAGGCAGUAAAUAUCUACGAGGCGGAGUUGGAUGAGCGGCCAAGUCGGGUUGUUUCGGCGAGGUCGAGUAGAGAGCAGGAGCCUUAUGUUGUUGGAGAUGAGGACGGGAGUGAUGUGGAUGAUGAUACGUCUGACGAACGGAAACGGCUCGUUGAUAAACCCUAA